AUGCCACGACGAAUGAAUGUGAUCGCCGUGCAGGGAGGCGCUCGGCGAAUCGAGGAUGAAGAUGGAGGGAAUCAGCUCCUCAUGCACGACGCCUAUGUUGGGAUCGGAGAUUCGGCUGAGUGGUUUAUCAGAGCGCAUUAUCAUGGACAUAUCUAUCUUCAGAGAAGAUUCACCAAGACUAUCAGUAUUUCGAGGGUGCCCUUCUCUCGCUUCCUCCGCCAUAUACCCGAUUCUUAUUUUUCUACCAGAUUUCUAUGGUUUCAAGCAAUCGAUGAUCCGGAGGCACGACUCUUCAGCUGGGAUACUGCCGUACCGCAACCCGCGAAUCGACGUGGAAAUGCUGUAUAUGACGUCACGCGAUUCUUUCGUUCGGUGUCCACCGUAGAACAUACCACGCUAGAAGUGUCAAACAGCCAUCUCGUCCGAAAAUUUCUCAAAGCCUGUCGGCGCCGCCUUAAUGCGAUCCGGUUUGUCCGCAAGCGCUACGGCACGGAGAUCCCAUGGAGUUGCGGGGUUUGUAACGAGAUGUGGAGUGCAUGGUACGAAGAUGGAUGGCAUUCUGGAAAAAAACCCAACAUCGUCUUCUGCGACAAGCAAACCUCCACGCCCACCUACAGCUACCAGUUUGCCGAGAUAGCCUUUUGCCCGGCGCGUGUCCAGCAAUCGGGUGUUUUUCAUGAGGUUUGCAACUCCUACGGUAAUGACGACGAAGACCUCGAUCUCUUUAUCCGAUCAUUCAAAAAACGUCUCCAAAGUCUUCAUAACGGACAUCUGGAACUGCUCGAUGAGGGUGACGCCGACCUCGAAAUCCUCAACAGAUUUGUGGCGGAUGGGUUGAAAGUGGCGAACCGGCUGCCCGAAUACUUCGGCAAAGAGAGCCCAUGCCAACGUCGUCACUUCAAGAUUGCUGUCUAUGGAAAAAAGCUCGACGAGACGAAUCGAUUGAUG